AGCUUAUGUUGCAUUCAAUAACCUGUUACAAAUGUGGAAGAAUCGAGACUCUUAUCUGGUGGACACUUUUAAACAUUCAACUAUUUCCUGUCAAAAUAACUUAGUUUCAAGUUCACUAUGGCCGAACAAUAGCGGAAAUACUAGCAGCAUAUAUGAGGGAGAUGAGUUCGAUGUUGGAAAAGAAGGAAUGUCAGUAAAGACACCAUCGUUAGCAUCUCUUUAUUCUACUGAACAAGCUACACCGCAGAAAAAUUUAUGCAUAAACGACGGUACAACUCUAUAUAAGGCAAGUGACAUACUGAUAAGGUCAAGGCAUAUAUACAAAAGAGGGCAGCUCGAGGCUCUUUUGAAUCAUACCAAGAUCAUCAAAAAGAGAAAGGUGAACACUAUGGAUCAUGAAACACCAGAUAGCGUUGGUGAUGAUAUGGAGAUGACCACGGAUAGCGCCAUCUCCACGACAACUGAUCAUACUGGCAUUUAUAACAAUGGAAACAAUGUUUUUCUGCAAUCCAAAACAGCAGCAGCUAACACGCCGAUUGCUAGCAUGUUCUGUGCCAAGUCAACUGAUAGGGAUAUCAUUCAUGAUGCAGCUUAUUAUUGAUGCUGCUGCAAAAGCUCUAUGAUCGACCGCUAUUCUAAACACAUUCUUGUACAUAUACGUAUUAUUUAUAAAUUCUGCCCUUUUGAACUCUUUAAUAAAGCCAUGAUGAUUUGACUUUCUUUUGCAUGUUUCUGACAAAUGGAACUCAACUGAAUAUUGAGUAUUUCGUUAC